UGACAGCUCUACAUGUAGGCUUAGUAGUACGUAGACGUAAAGUGUGAGUAAACUUGGGUCAUGGGGAGUUAACAUAGCGGGCGUGGCGAGGAAGUACUUUGAUUCUAAUUUAAAGAUAUGAAAAUUUUAAUUCUAAUGUUCGAACGUGAUCUGACAUAUUAUAGUUUCGCUUUUCUUUGUUACAGUAUAAUAGUUCUGUAAAUUUUAGUGGGAAGUCCCUUCAAUUUAAUUUAGCUGUGCCCUGAUGACGGAAAUUCAUAGCUUUGGUGUUGAACCAAUAACCUGUCAUGCUUGGAAUAAUGAUAGGACACAAGUAGCACUUUCACCUAAUAGUAAUGAAGUUCACAUAUAUAAUAGAGAUGGGGAUAGAUGGUCUUGUAACAAUGUUCUUUCGCAACAUGACUUAAGGGUCACCAGCAUUGAUUGGGCUCCUAACACAAAUCGUAUUGUAACUUGCUCAGCAGAUCGAAAUGCUUACGUAUGGACAAAAGUAGAUGACAAAUGGAAACCAACAUUAGUAUUACUUCGUAUAAACAGAGCUGCAACUUGUGUGAGGUGGUGUCCUAAAGAAACAAAAUUUGCAGUUGGAUGUGGUGCUUGUUUGAUAUCUAUCUGUUUUUUUGAAGAAGAAAAUGAUUGGUGGCUGAGCAAACACAUCAAAAAACCAAUACGGUCUACAGUUACUAGUAUCGAUUGGCAUCCAAACAGUGUUUUAUUAGCAUGUGGCUCAACAGAUUUCAAGACAAGGGUCUUUUCUACAUAUAUCAAAGAAAUAGAUGACAGACCUGAACCCACUGUGUGGGGGUUUAAAAUGCCAUUAGGAAAUGUAAUGGCAGAAUUUCCAAAUAGUGGCUGGGUUCAUUGUGUUAGUUUUUCUGCUGAUGGUACCAAACUGGCUUGGGUUAGUCAUGACAGUACUAUAUCAGUUUGUGAUGCAGAAAAAAAUAUGGCUUUAAUGACUGUCAAGACACAGUUCCUGCCCUACCUUACUUGUGCCUGGGCUUCUAAUUCAAGUAUUGUUGCUGCUGGUCAUGAUUGCUUCCCUGUGCUCUUCCGAUAUGAAGGAGGUCGUCUGAAUUUUGUUACAAAAUUAGAUAAAUCCCAAAAAAGAGAAGUUGAUGGCUUUAGUGCUAUGAGGAAAUUUCGAGACAUGGAUAAACGUGCCAUAGUAGAAAACAGUGUUGAUACAUUAUUAGACACUAUACAUCAAAAUGCCAUAACAAGUUUAACAAUUUAUGCAGGGACCAAAUUGGGUGUAACUAAAUUAUGUACUACUGGAAUGGAUGGAAAGAUGGUUAUUUGGAAUUUAAAGACUUUGGGAGAUAUGCUACCAAGUGAAAUGUAGUGUGAUAUUUAACCAGUUGUAUAACUGGGAAAAACUUCGCUUGGAGAACUCCAUUCUUCCCCUAUUGGUGCUGCCUCAUGGAAGAAAACAAUUCUCUUCCUUGGCAUUGUUGAUUAUCUUCUAGUUGAUUGACUAAAGAGAAGACUGUGACCAUCAUGAGAGAAGACAGAGGUCACAGAAUAUUGCCAAGAUGACCAAUCAGUAGGGAUAGUUUUAUAAUUUAUGAAUUUAAAAAAUAUUGUAUGAGUUUCACUCCACUCACAAAAGAUGCUUUGCAAGAUGUUCAGGUGAUGCAAAAUGUAUAUUUUUUUUAUACUUCAUUUACCUCUAAAUGCAUCAGUUCUGUUAUUUCUAUAUUGUUGAGUUAUAUGUAUCCAGUUAUUUCAAAUUACAAAUUGUAUAAAUUUGUUAUAUUUAGGAUAUUAUCAUGUCAAAUCAGUAGAAGAAAAAUUUCCUCACUUUUGAAAACAAUAUGAACAUACCCUACUUAUUGGUCAUAGAAAAACUAAUUUUAUGAAAAUUCCCUUCAUUGAAAUUUUGGAUGAGUUUUAAUUGCAUCAGUUUAUAAUGUCCUGUAUAUUUAUAUAAUGAUUUCUUUUAGAAUGGCUUUAAUACAUCCAAGCCAAGAAAAUAAGAUACAUCUGGUUGUUAAUUUUGUUUAAUUUUAUACUUGUUAUGUUCACAAAAGCUUAAAAGUAUGUCAUGCUAUCAAAUAUAUUCUUGUUUAGCUGACUUCAUGAAAUAAAAUUAUUAAUUUUUAUUCUUUUCUGAAAUGGUAAUUAUUGUUGAGAAUUUGAUGCUGAAGUAUUUUUAAAUACAGUUUGUACAGUAUGAUUUAACAUUUGGUUUAUUGCUUUCUGUGCAUGACAUGCUUUUAAAGGUAGUGUUUACUUUCAUCUUUUUUGUGUCAAUCAUAUGGUUUCAAAUAGGAACUAAAGGGUAACCAGCUGUACUUUAAAGCCAUCACUGUACUUAAGAGUGAUUUUAUUAAAUUCUUUAUGCUUACAUCUGUUCUUUAAACAAAUUGAAUUAUCUUGUAGGUAUACAUAAAAUAAUUAAAAUGUAAUUAAAAAAUAAAUUGUUUUCUAAAAAGA